AUGUGGCGUGUCACAGCUAAAUUGCUCUGGGCUUUCGAAUUUGAAGAGAUCCCGGAGAAGCCACUCGAUGUUAACGCGUACACCUCAUCAAAUCUGGUGCGGCCUUUGGAGUUUGAAGUGUCGGUGAAGCCUCGGAGUGAACUCCACGCAGACGUGAUCAAACGGGAGCUAACUGGUGCCUUGGACUUCUUGAGUCAAUACGACUAG